CGUUCAAGGGCCGCCUCCUGCCUCUGACCUGCGGCGAGUGCGGUGGGGACGGGGCCUUGGGUGGUGUGCGCCUGGCGUGUUGCUGAGUGCUCCAAGCCGAUAGAUCAUGGCCCUGAGGGCAUGUGGCUUGAUCAUCUUCCGAAGACACCUCGUUCCUAAGGUGGACAACAGUACAAUUGAGUUUCUGCUGCUGCAGGCAUCAGAUGGCAUUCAUCACUGGACUCCUCCCAAAGGCCAUGUGGACCCUGGAGAGAAUGACUUAGAAGCAGCCCUGCGAGAGACUCAGGAGGAAACAGGCAUAGCAGCGAGCCAACUGACCAUCAUUGAGGGCUUCAGAAGGGAGCUCAGUUAUGUGGCCAGGAAGAAGCCUAAAACAGUCAUUUACUGGCUGGCAGAGGUGAAAGACUACGAUGUAGAGAUCUGCCUCUCCCACGAGCAUCAGGCCUACCGCUGGCUAGGGCUGGACGAGGCCUGCCAGCUGGCUCAGUUCAAGGAUAUGAAGGCAACGCUCCAAGAGGGACACCAGUUUCUCUGCUCUGCACCGGCCUGAGCCAACCAGAACCAUUGCUUCUGUUGCAUCCUUAAGGGUUUUUCUGAUAUGAACCCACCCUCUCAUCCAGGAAAUGAUGUGCUGGUCUUUAGCUUGUUACAGCUAAGAGCAGAUAGGUUGGUGACGUUAAAACUAACUCGGCACUCUCAGGUGAGUGCAGAGAAGCCCUGGAUUCAAUCCCUAGCAUAGAAGAUAAUUACUUUUAAAAUAAGAGCAAGCAAGAAUUUUAGGAAGUUAAUAAGCAAAGGAGGGGUAAAUAUUUAAAAUGUUAGCCCCAGGAGUCAUCCUUGUACUUUAUAAAUAAACUUCAAGCUGCUUACA